GAGUGUUGCAUGCACCUACCGUACAAGUCACCAAGCUCUUCUUAGGGUAUAGACAAUUUGAGGAGAGCUGCUUUUAAAUUCGGCUUUAACUAGAUAAUCACCCUUACAUUAUUAGCAUUUUGUACUCUUCUCAGAACGUGAACUCAGGGCCCCCUGACCAAUUUGGUAUUCUAGGGCCCAGGCAGAGGCGUCGCGUCCCAUUAAGUAAACCAGGCAAUUGCCUAGGGCUCCCAGCCAGCAGGGGCCCCCAGAGGGCCAACAGAUUUAGCACACACAGUUUUACUGCACUGUCGCAGCGACAGUGCCAGUGAAAGCCUUGUGUCUGAGUUCCCUUAAGGGGCCCCUUCACUCGCUCUACACCCCCCCUCACAUGACUCAGUAAGAAUGAGCGGCGAUUUGGCUUUUUUUAAUUGGCGUAUAUCCAAAAUGAAGAGAAGUUAUCCUACUGGAAGCGACAAAAGAAAGGGGAAAAAAGCAGAAGAGGAGAAAAGGAAGCAAGACAGCAGUGGUUGGUCUGGGUAACCCUGGCAUGGAAGGAACACGGCAUAGUGUGGGGAUGGCAGUGGUUGGUGCCCUGGCAACUCAUCUGGGCCUGGCCGAGCGUUGGCGCAGCGACAGGCAGCUGUGCGGCGAGGUGGUCGUGGCGGACGCACGACGCUUGGUGCUUCUACGCCCCCGAUUGCUGAUGAAUGUCAACGGCGUGGCGGUGGCCAAAGCAGCACGCAAGUAUGGCGUGCAGCCUGAGGAUAUCCUGUUGGUCCACGAUGAGAUGGACAAGCCUCUUGGAAAGGUUGGCAUCAAACAUGGAGGAAGCGCCAGAGGCCACAAUGGUGUCCGGUCCUGCAUGGACUGCCUUCGAACUGACGUGAUGCCCAGGUUGCGGGUGGGCAUCGGGCGUCCAGCGGGUGAGGCUUCGGUGGAGCGUCACGUCCUGGGCCGCUUCCGUGCCGAGGAGCGUAAAGUUCUGGACUCUGUUCUGGUUCAGUGUGUCGACAUUCUGAUGUCUCAGCUAGCAGAGUGGCAAGAAAAUGGACGGUCCUCAUCCUCCUCAACAGCAUGAGACAAACAUACAGAACAGUUGCGCACAUAAAAUGCACUUGAUGACUGUUUGUUCAGGAUGGUAGCUAGCUAUUUAGCAUGUAAAGCUAAUGCAGCAGCCUACCUUUUCACUCAGGGCUACUUCCUGUUGAGGAAUCAAAAAUAGGAUGGGCUAAAAUAUUCCAACAAGCAGAGAGGAAGUUGGUGAUGAAGCUAGUGAUGACUCAACAUCUUUGACCAUCAGCGUUUUAUUCUUGUGCUCACAGGAAUAUUUGAAUAGCACUCAAAUGCUCUUCUCUCCCUGCUGUAAACAGGUGACAAGCAUUUUCUGGCUAAAAGUAUGAAAUUCAUGCCAUUGCAGCAGUCUACAGGUUGACUCGGUGCCACUUUCUGCAAAACUGCACAGGAGGCAGUCACAAAAAGAACAAAACUUGGCCGAAGUUCUAUCCUAUUUUCAAUUAAAUCAAAAAGUAUCUUCCUGUCUUUUGUCUCCUUUGACUGAAAGCAUCUCCAAUGAAUAUCCUUGUCUUAUUUCUGAUUCUGUUAUGACUCAUUUGAGAUUUGUAACUUUUUUUUCUGCCCUAGUUGUUUGUAAACGUUGUAGCAGCCUUAGUUUAAGUUGCCUCCAGAGUACUGAUCUCUGACAAUUAGGAUGCAGACAGUACUGAUUUCGUAAUUGGCUGAUUGGUGAAGGUUGGGUGGGACAUUCUUUGUCAACAGAGAACUAAAUCUAAAAUGUGCCAAGUAUCAACUUUUAAAAUGGGAACAUCUCGGCUUAACUUUUUUUCUUCUUAGGUAUUCUUAACUUUACAAUGAAUUACUAUUUUUACAAGUUACAGACUUGGCACGUUUGCGUGAGAUGAGGAUUUCAAACAUCCUCCGAAAUUAAUACAAAUAACUAGAGGGCAGUGGCGUUGCCAGGGUCUCUUAGGACUCCAAGCAAGGAAUCCCUGGGGCCUUCAACCCACCAGUACACACCACAAAAAUGUGGUUUCUGCACACAUAAAUGCAUAAUAAGUCAACAAUGUAUAAGGCCGCAUCAAAAGAGAACUAAUUGUUGGCAG